AUGUCCGCAAGUUUACAAUUUAAUUCUAGACCAAGCGCAGAUCAUAAUGCUCAAACAAAAGCAAAUGCAUUAGAAAUUAUUGACAUGUUACCAUAUGUUAUACAAAUUCUAGUGAAGCCAUUAGCAUCUUUGGUAUUGAAUUAUGUAUUGAAAGUUGAUGAUAAUUAUACUGUUGAUGUUGCUGAUGAACACUUGUCUGAUUCAGAAGCAUAUACUCUUCUUCGAUCACUUGGUGCUCAUAUUGAGAAUUUAAAAAGUUUAAACUUAACAAAUUAUUUCGAUACUGAUAGUCGAAAUUUCAAAAAAACAAUAUCAGGCGCUGGAGAUUUAAAUAAAUAUGUCGAUGAUAUUGUUCAAUUUUGUUCUUCAUAUAGACAAGGACACAUAAAUACAACAGCUAUAAAAAAUAUAUUAACAUCUCUUUUGAAAACUGAAAUGGAAGAAGAACGUUUAAAAAUAAAUAAAACAGAAAAUGUUGUAAUUCAUUCAACAAGAUAUGCUGAAUGUGGUGUUAUGAGAUUAACAUUUACUGGUGAUCAAAUAAAAAAAACAAAUUGUUGUAGUGAUAGUGCAGAAACAAAUAUUACCGUGGAAAAAGUUGUUAUUACGUUUCGAAAUACGAAAGAUCUUUUGGCCUUAUUGAGAACAUUUGUUCAAGCAAAUCAUUAA